AAUACGAGCUACACAUGUUCAUUAUUCCGUGGUGUAUUUUUAAAAAAAAUCUGGAUGAGGCCGAUUUCGGCCCAAAACGUACGUUGUCCUUUUAACGAUGUUUAACCUGAAAUCGAAAGAGGAAGUAAAUUAAGACGGUUUUUCAAAUUCAUAUCUAUGAAAACAUAGAGCGGCAAACAUGUGUUAACUUGUUAUAAACUUGAUAAAACGGCAGCUUAGCACAUUAAAAACAAUAAACAUACACAGAUAAAAAUGUUGUGAGGGUAAAGGACUAUUUGUUCUACAAUGGAUAAUUGUGAAAAAGGGAAACAAUGGCGGAAGGUUUUGGAUUAAGUUUGAAAAAGGAUGAGGUGUAUAAAUUGGUACAAAAUAAUCAUUCGAUGCAAAGAAAUAACGAGUGUCUAGAAACACAAUUUCAACAAGAUUUAUGUCAUGCUGAAUCUUUGAAAAAACAACUUCAUCAGCUGCAGUAUGAUAACAAUCUUCUUUACGACGUGAUCGAACGACAAAAACGUGAUUUUUUGUCUGGCAAGGAUAAACUGAUUCAAGAAAAUAAAACAUUAAUUUUCGAACGAGAUGAUCUACGCAAGCAACGUGACGAAUUAACAAAGAAAUUAAAUGGUGAAGCUAACUAUGCAUACAAGUCAAAACCUUUCCUGAGUGAUAAACAAACGAAGAAUAACUAUCUAAAAACGAAAACAACAUGUGUCGUUGGGCAUACAAAUUGUGAACGACGGGUCACAUUUUAUAAAAAUAAAGCCAAUAUUGUUGAUAAACAAUGUCGACAUUUGCUAGAAGAGAAUAGUCAAUUAAAGAAUCAAACGGUCGAACUACGUAAAGAAAAAAAUGCAAUACAAACACGCUAUGAGAAAAAGUUCAGUAGAGACGUGCCCGUCACAUCUACUAACAGAGGUAAAAAUGGCUCCACACACUCUCCAAAACUGACAGGUAAGGGAAGGCCACCAACGCAAAGUGAAAAAACAACGACAUCUGAAGAUGAUAAUUCAACGAUUGCAUAUAUCCAAUUCCUUCAGAAAGAAUGUGAUAAAUGGAAACUGAACAAUGAUCACUUGAAUACAAGAAUAGAGGAAUUAGAAAAUAAACUACUGACAAACAAUCACCAAUUAAGAAGUUUUGAGAACGAAGUACAAAACCUACAAUAUACAGUUACGAAUAAUGAGACAGCGAAUUCCAAACUUAAAAACGAAAUCAAACUUAUUCAAUCCGAGUUUGAGCUAUACCAUAAUUCAACACAGCGGGAACUGCAUGCACUACGUGACACUAUUAGAAAACAACAAAAACGUAUCGAAUUGUUAGACGAUGAAAAAGAUUACGAGAAAUUCAACUGA